AUGUUUCAGCCAGAUUCCGAAGGGCAUAUCACAGAUGCUGAUACGUCUGGCUGGCAGACAAGUGAAACAUAUUAUACGCGAGCAGAUUCUCUUCUAUCGCAUGAAACGGGUGCGCCAAGCUUGCCCUCGGUACAGGCACGCUUCUUGAUGGUACUUUAUCUUUUAAGUUCGUCACGAGCUCAUAAAGCAUGGUUCACAUUUGGUACAACAGCUCAACUGAUGAUGGCCCUGGGCUAUCAUAAUAAACGGUCACGGCUGGGAACCGAUCAAGAGGAUCUGAUACAAAAGGAAUGUCAACGCCGCAUUCUCUGGUGCUCAUAUACAUUGGACAAAUACCUCAGUGUUAUUUUAGGUCGACCCCGUCUUUUGCAAGAUGAAGAUCUGGAAGAAGACCUUCCUUCUCGAAUCAAUGAUCAAGAUCUAACCCGAAGCGAAAAGAGAAUAUCUAAGCGGGAUUGUUUAAUGGAUGCCCCUGUGUUUCAUACCGUGCUGGCUCGCAUUCUCACACAGGCUGCUAAAGAACCCUAUGUGGUCACAGGCGUCUCUACCAAAGAACAACUUGAUGUCAUUCGCCUCUUUUGUGGGAGAGUCGCCGAGUGGCAGGCCGAGUUACCGGCAUUUCUGUCUGGCAUCAUACAGCCCGACAGCUUAGUCCCUGGAUUGAGACGCCAACUCACGGUUCUGCAGCUAGCGCGGUAUCACGCAUUAAUAUUCAUUACUCGACCUCUGCUGCUCCGGAAUUAUGGUCAGACUUGGCCUGAAUGCGAAGCAAAUUGCCAAUACUAUCUCAGCUUAUGUUUGAAAGCGGCACGAGAUGCAAUUGAGUUGAUUCUUGCCUUUGUCCAAGAGAAGCAGCUAUUUCAGUCUUUCUGGUAUUCUCAAUAUAUUGCGUUCAAUGCAUUAUCGAUAAUCUAUCUUUACCUGAUUCAAGUUCAACGCGGUCGGAUCUCGCCAGUCAAUCUCCGCUUCGUCUCAACCCAGGAUGCCCCUUUCGACUCUCCAUUGGACGAAUCCACGCUCUACAGUUUAUCAGAGACCGCACAAGGUCAUCUCGCCGAUGCAACGGUCCGCAAUGCACCGCCAUGGAGAUAUAGCGUUAUCCUACAGGGUCUGCGCCGAGAGUUAACAAAGUUGUACCCGUCCGCCCCUGUUCAUUAUGAAGUCUAUGCUAACAUCCACAGCAGUCAAUACGUUACUACUACUACCCGUGAAAACUCGCCUUCUACUGCACAUCAGCGUGAUAUGAUUGCUUUUGCGCAAGCUGAGCAAAAUGAAUCGGCUAUGCAAGAUAUUCUACCAAGACAGGACGGCGGCGUGCCAGACCUAGACAAUGAUUCUCAUUCAUUUCUACUUGAUCCGCAGACCGAAAUACUACUGGACAAUCUUGCAACCGAUGAGGACUUGGUUCUUGAUUUCUGGCCGCAGUUUGAUAGCUUGCCUAUCUGUGGGUCUUCUAUUUUCUCGCUCUAG